AUGGCGGACAGCGGCGGCAGCGCGGGCGCGUCGGGCGGCGGCAGCGCGGGCGCGUCGGGCGGCGGCGGCGCGGGCGCGGCGGGGCCCAGCGGGGGCGGCGGCCCCAUCAACCCGGCCACGCUGCCGCCCGGAGACCCGCAGCUCAUCGUGCUCAUCGUGGAGCAGCUCAAGAGCCGCGGCCUGUUCGACAGCUUCCGCCGCGACUGCCUGGCCGACGUGGACACCAAGCCAGCCUACCAGAACCUGAGGCAGAAAGUAGAUAAUUUUGUGUCAACGCAUCUGGACAAGCAAGAGUGGAACCCAAACAUGAACAAAAACCAGCUGCGCAAUGGCCUGCGACAGAGUGUGGUUCAGUCAGGGAUGCUCGAAGCUGGUGUGGACAGAAUCAUUUCUCAGGUGGUAGACCCCAAACUCAAUCACAUCUUCAGACCACAGAUUGAGCGUGCAAUUCACGAGUACCUGGCAGCCAAGAAGAAGGAAAUCAUGCCUAUUCUCCCUCUGGAACCUGACUGCCAGGAACCUUCAACCACGUCCAAAGAUGCAUCAUAAGGUCGGCUUCUGGUCUUUCACCUCAAGAGGCUUCCUGGCUCAGAGAACAGGCCUGCGACCAUUUGGAAGCUCCCCGGCACUAAUGAGAAGGACUGGGUUCCAUUUUUUUCGAUCAAGACCAGCUGUGGUUCCCUUCCAUUGAUUUCAAGACUCCACAUGGAUUCGGGGUGGUCUCCUGAGUGAACAGGAAACCAGUUUGGUGGUAGGAAAGUUCAUGUGCACCCUCACAUCCUGUGACCACCCAGUAGGCAUAACACUACAAGGCAUAAAAGAAGCACUACAUCAACUUGUGGUUGUCUUGAGCUGGAACUUGAAGACUGAGCACGUAUCAUAGGGCUUGUGUUAAGGGAACAAAAAGCUCCAGUGAAGAAACAUAAGCUCCUGGAACACUGGCAGAGUUGGUUCAGGAGAAAUGGGGGUACCUAGCAAUGGAGUGUCCUGGCAGUGUUUCUCCUAGUUUCACACUAGCAUGUUUGAGGUAUUGGAAUCCAAAUGUUUCAGGCUAGUGUGACCCUCUCAAGGCUACCAUUUCCCCCCUACCCCACCAGGAAUGGGGCCACUCCUAGGACCCUCAGAAGUGACGUUUGUGGGUGCUCUGUCCCCGACUGCUUUUCUAUCCUUCAUUUGUCAGGUGUAUUUCUUUUGCUCAUGUUCAUGGUUCUCGUUUCUUUACAAGGGAAUGUAGAAUAAAGGCUGAGAGUUUAUAGACUCUCAGAGCCCAGGUGGGUGAAGAGGUGCCCCCUCCUGCUUUUUAUGGGUUUCAUUGAUGGGGUGCACUUUUGUUCCCCUAAUUUGAAUGGGGGUAGGUCAAAGUUGGUAAGCUGUGAAUCUGCAAUACAAUAAAGCCAUCAAGUUCUUA